AUGCGAAUUCAGCCAGAUUGGGACAAAGCCAUACUAGAGAAAGAUAAAAGUUUUUGGUUUCAUCUCUACGGGUCUGACGGAACUCAUCAUCAGAAAGUUGAAAUCAAUGAGGCUAUGCUCACUCCUGAUGUUUCAGGUGUGGACUGCUGCGUCUCUACGCCGUCACCUCUUCAUCUGAAUUCCUUCGAUGUGAAUGCCAGCGGGGAGCUGGCAGUAUCAGCCUCUAGCGAUGGAAUCAUCCUCUUUUCCUUCCGAAAGCGGAAAUUCGUGGGACAUGCAAGCGAAGUCUACUGCUGUCGUUUCUUCCCCUCUGGUCUAGUCGUUUUGACAGCCGGCGGGGAUAUGCAGUUGCGUGUGUGGUGCGCACUCACCGGGGCCUGUGCAGCUACACUCCGUGCUGGUUUGGGCGGCGUUGACACUACCUCUGUUAGUUCCCUGACCAAUUUGUCCGACUCACCUGUCUCUGAACCAGGUGGACACAGAGCAGGAGUGGUUGACGUUGGUUUUAUCGACCGUGGAAGGAAUAUCGUCGCUGUGGAUCGUGGAGGGUGGUUGCGCCUUUGGGAUGUGUCUACUCAGGUUGCUAUCUCGGCAAUGUCUGUGACACCGCGGUCGCCAAGGUCUGCGUCUCAGGCGAACUGUCCGAUGGAAGAGGCGCCAACUUGUUGCGUCGUAAAGCGUCGUGUUUCUCCUGACGAAGCAACUGGAGACAAAACUGUUGAACCAACCGAAAGUUAUUUCGGUCUUGAAAGCACUUCGACUCGCGCCUCAGCCGUCGGCGUGACAGACAAGCUAGUUGCCGUCGGUUGUGGAAGCCAUGGACGCAUCCUACUUUUCGACAUCACCUCUGCUCAGUCUCGCAAACACGGGCCAGCUCUCCAACUCGCUCUGCCCUGCGCUUCCGGUGCCGUCACAGCUUGUGCUUUCUCCAUGGCGACGGAUACUUACGAAGGUGGCGUUUUCAAUGAGUUCGGCUUGGUUGGCGGUGGUUCGAGUGGGGAGAUCACAUGUUGGGACCUAAGAAAGUGCAGUACCCCGUUAUUCACUUACGAGGCCUACAAGUACGGCGUCUGCGCUUUGCGAUUGGUCAAUUUUCCGGCUCAUUCAAUGGACUUGGUGGGAGGGGAAACCGUGUCUCUGCCCGCAUUUACCGGCAUCUUUUCUGCUUUCCGUGACGGUCGUACAGUCUUGCGUCGGAUGGGCCAGGUUGAGUCCCCCUUUGACAGAGACGGCUACUCUCGAUGUCUUGAACUGACCGGUCCGGAGGUGGAGGCGAUUUGUGGACUUUGUAUACACAGCAACACCAAAAACCUUUCUGUAUGGACUAGCACCUACAGCGCACAAUUUUUUGGCUACCGUCGAAUCGCUCUUGAAAGUCUCUUCAAUUUGUAA